GGUCUGCACGGCCCCGAACGCCAGCUGCCUGCUCCUCGGCCCUCGGCUGCUCCCGAGCUGCCAGAAUGUCCGGGCGCGGGAAAGGCGGCAAAGGGCUGGGCAAGGGAGGCGCCAAGCGCCACCGGAAGGUCCUGCGGGACAACAUCCAGGGCAUCACGAAGCCCGCCAUCCGCCGGCUUGCCCGCCGAGGCGGGGUGAAGCGCAUUUCUGGGCUCAUCUACGAGGAGACCCGCGGGGUGCUCAAGGUGUUCCUGGAGAACGUGAUCCGCGACGCGGUGACCUACACGGAGCACGCCAAGCGCAAGACGGUCACCGCCAUGGACGUGGUCUACGCGCUCAAGCGCCAGGGCCGCACCCUGUACGGCUUCGGCGGCUGAGCCGCGUCUGCCGCUCCCCUCCAGACUCCUAAAGGCCCUUUUAAGGGCCCCCAGAACGUCAGGGAAAGAGCUGGCACCUGUAGUUGCUGGGCGGGGGUAGGGGCGCUCGAGCACGCCCUGCCUUGGGCCGUGGAAGCUCCCGCCCCGGGCUGCGGGCGGCU